AUGAUUGCUGAAAUCCAUUCUCUUGCUGAGUACGAAGCUGAGCUGGCUAAGCCAGGUCUUGCCGUCUUGGACUUUUACGCUCCUCAUUGUGGCCCUUGUCAUACCAGAGCAGCGUACGCUUCUACAAGGUAUACUGCCUCGAUGUUCUUGUGUAUGCCAGUGCUAAUGCAGGUCCUACAGGUCAACGGUGUCGACGAAGAGGGAGCGGAAGUGCAGAAGAAAGCAGAAGUCACUUGGUGGCCAACAUUGGUGGUGUACAAAGAUGGCAAAGAGAUCUGGCGAGACCGAGUGCCAAACCCUCCCUCUAGGAAGCCGCUGGAGUCAUUGGAGUAUUACCUGAAGACCGUGGUUGCUUGA